UUGAAGGUUCUGCUAAAACCCUCUUUGCUUACCACUUGCCUAAGCAGAGCCACGAUCUGCUUAUUAUCAAUAUAUAGAUCCAAGCGGACCCAGAUCUGCUGCUUAUAACCUCUCUCAGGGUUUCAAGUAUCCAUUCUUGAAUAAUGGAGAAGCCUGCGAAGGAGGCAGCUGCGGCCCCAGUAUCGUUAUAUUGGGACAUAAAGAGGUUUCCGGUCCCCGAUGGCUAUGAUGCUCGUCGGGUGGGUCCGUGUAUCAAACAGAAUUUGAGGAAGUUAGGCUACACUGGUCCUGUCACCAUCAUUGCCAUUGGCGUACUAACAGAGGUCCCCUUUGGCAUCCUUGAAUCCCUCUAUUCUACUGGGAUCACUCUUAAGAACGUGGGCUGCACUCCCAGAGACGCUAUGAGUCUAAUCAUUGUCAAAAAUGGUACUGUUCCAGCCCCCGGUAAUAUGAUGUUCCUAUCCGCUCCACCAAACUGCUUUCAGCCAUUCUACUAUACGCAUGUUGACGAGUUACGUAAGAAGGGACACUACACUACUUUACUGUUUGCACGUAAUUCUCAAGAUCAAAAGUGCCUCUGGGAAGAUAACUUGCUUCUGGCAGAUCCAGGGGUACUUGAGGGCGAUAAGUGCGGUGAAACCGGUAAACCUUCCAUGUGGGAUUGCGCCGUGUGCCAUUGUCUUCGUGGCUAUGGCUUUCAAAAUUUUCUCGAGCAUCUUUCUACUCGGCAACAUAAACAAUUGUUUUCCCUCUGGAAUACAGAUGCCACCUUUGACGACUCGAAAUCUGACUCUGGCGUGGAGGCUCCUAAAAUCAUAGUGCGCAGGACAAUAUUGAGUAAAAAUCAAGGUCUUUUUUCCCGGACAAUGCUACAAUUAGGGCUUACUAACUACAAGAAGAGUAGGCUCACUACCGAAAGUAACUACAAGAAGAGUAGGCUCACUACCGAAAGUAAGUAACUACAAGAAGAGUGGACGUGAAGAAGAAGAGUACAUGUCCCUUGGUGUUGUUCUUCUCUGAGUCCUUUUGGUAUGGUGUGAAACUGUGAAUGGUUUGUUCUACUUCUAGGUUCUAGCGGCAAGCAAGACAACAUAUUAAAGUCUAGAUGUUUGACUUAUCUACAAUAGCAAAACAUGUAUUAAAACUGUAUUAUACUAGUAUUAGACAAACGGGAACAGAGGUAUUAUUAUACUAAUUAUUUUA